AUGCAAGCGAAAGCUCGCCGCGCUGCAAAGGCGGCACCGGUAGUAGAUGGUAAACAAGUGCAUGUGAUAGAGGAGCCACAGAGCUCCUGCGAGAAGGCACGGAGGCGGGAACGCAGGACUGCUGAAGUUGCUGAACCUGAAAAGACACCCCAUAAGGGUAAGCGUCUGAUCCCAGCCUCCGAGAACGCGAAACCCGAUGAAGCACGCACUGAGAAGGAAACAGCAGAGGAGGUCCUCUCCAAGCGCUCUAGGAGAGGCAAAAUCGAGGAGGUGCUGCACGAAGAGACUGGUACCUCUCCUGUCACUGGGGAGGGGCCUGGAAGCUCGCUAAGUUCUCUCCCGCCUACGCGCGGGAAGCUCCGUCGGAAGCGGGAGGGUUUCUGGGGGCCUGAGGAGAUCGCGGAGAGAAAGCGGGCUCUGCUGGAAGAGCUAGAUAGAGACAGGGUAUCCCUAUCUUCUUCAAGGCUGAAAAGGAUUAAGGCCCGACUCUCCGAGCUUUCAAAGGCAGAAAAGGGGGAGACGCAGGUUGGAGGACAGCUUGUUAAGGUCAGCAAGAAUAAGCAGCGAAAAAAGAAACAGAAGGGGUCGAAGGAAGAGUUGGAAGGCAAGGAGAGAGCUGUCAGAAGACACAAGCGGCCCCGCAUUGAUGCGCAUGAAGAGGACCCUAGAUCGAACAAACGAAGCAAAAAAAUCUGUCUCAGAUGCCGUAAGCGAGGUCACUUGCUGCAUGAGUGUCGUCAGGGAGUUUCUCAGGCUCAGGCUGAAGGCGCUGCUACCUCCGGGAUUUGUUUCAACUGUGGGAGCCACAACCACACUCUGAAGAACUGUAAGAAGCCGCGGGCAGAGGACGGAGCUCUACCUUUCGCCCUCUGUUUUAUUUGCAACGCAAAGGGUCACAUUUCCUCGCAGUGCCCCCAGUCGAAGACCGGCAAGUACCCGAAGGGCGGCUGCUGCCGGACGUGUGGCUCCAUCUACCAUCUACAGGCGGAGUGUGCGGCGUUCUUGUCGCAAAAGGCCGAGCUACAGCAGAGGCGUGAAGAGAAGAAAGCAAGACAGGGGCAAGAAAAGAAGCCCAAGGAACAGAAAUCGAAGGGAGGAGACGAAGAGGCAGACGCGUACUGGCUGCAACAACUUAAACCAUAG